AUGAAUCCCGAAUAUGACUACUUGUUCAAACUUCUCUUAAUUGGAGAUUCUGGUGUAGGCAAGUCAUGUCUUCUCCUCAGAUUUGCUGAUGAUUCAUACUUGGACAGUUACAUCAGCACAAUUGGUGUUGACUUUAAAAUUCGUACUGUGGAGCAAGAUGGGAAGACAAUCAAACUUCAAAUUUGGGAUACUGCAGGACAAGAACGUUUCAGAACGAUAACUAGUAGCUACUACCGUGGUGCACAUGGCAUCAUGAUAGUGUACGAUGUAACCGACCAAGAAAGCUUCAAUAAUGUGAAGCAAUGGUUGAACGAAAUUGAUCGUUAUGCUAGUGAAAAUGUGAACAAGCUUCUGGUUGGAAAUAAGUGUGACCUCGCUGAGAAUCGAGCCGUGCCCUAUGAAACAGCUAAGGCUUUUGCAGAUGAAAUUGGCAUUCCAUUCAUGGAGACCAGUGCCAAAAAUGCCACCAAUGUUGAACAGGCAUUCAUGGCAAUGUCUGCUGACAUUAAGAAUAGAAUGGCAAGUCAGCCUGCAUCGAGCAAUACAAGACCACCCACAGUGCAGAUUCGUGGACAACCUGUUGCCCAGAAGAGUGGCUGCUGCUCUUCUAAUAAACCUGCGCAGAGAGUAGAAGGCACUGCAGUGAAGGCGGCAAACGAAGCAGAAACUCAGUUGAGGAAGAUAUAG